UAACAAAGAAUGCAAAUGAAAAUCAAUGUUUUGAAGUUGUUAAUCCAUUCAAAAUAUUCAUGGAGAUAAAGAAGCAUCAUGGUAUACUAAAGCCGUGUGUAUUGAAAUUGUACAAGUUCAGUAACAUAACUAUCCUACCAUUGUCUAAACAUGAAUUCAUAUGUAAGUGA